AUGGUUGUGCGGUCGCGUCAUGAACUUAAUUCCGGACUUGAUCAUAGGCUCUGGGGCCUCGAUCAUGAUCAGUCUGUGCGGUUACUUGGCUUGUAUGAUGAAGGGAGAGCCAUCAUGACCCGCUACCUUAGGAUACAACAAGACAUUGAAGUACGCAAGAAAAGAAUCUUUGGUGAUUCAUGGGAAGAAAUCGAUGAAGAGAGAUUGACCACGGCUCUCCUAACACCGUUUUACGAUGAAUUUGGAGAACUGGAAGCUCAAGCUGAAGAAGAUCAGCAAAGGAUGGAUAAUGAUCCCACGCUUCAGUGGCUCAAAGCACAGCUGAUCAUUGCUGACGAAAAACUAAACUCUGUUGCCACGGCGUGUUCCGAACUGGAAUUAUGUCUCCCUUUGACAUCGCUUAUCCUUUCAAGACUACCGCGCGAGCUUCGCGAUCAGAUCUACGAUCUUCUUUGGGGUGACGAGCAUGCCGAACGUCUCGAUGAGGCUCUUUCAAUAACCCCUGAUGCACUCAAGAUAUCUGAACAACCCAUCCUUGAUUUGCCACAUCUUUCUGUACCACCAUUCGCUAAUUCCAAAUUCGUGGGCAUCGAGUUUGCAUCUGAGGCUGCAACGAGGUACUUUAGGGCCAUAACAGUCGCUGAAAUCGAUUACCGGUGUGUUCGAGCUCACAUCAAUCGUAACCGCUUCGGGCCCAUGUGCUUUCCCAUCAAAGAGAUUAUCAGCAGGCUUACCAUAAGUGUUUACGAAAACUCACUCUACGGGUUGGGGAUGUCAGGAUUCGCGAAAACGGCUCUGGAAGACAGUCUCGAUAGCCUUCUCAUGCUCAAGAGCAAUCGACAUUUAAAGGUUAAAAUCUAUUUACCCUGGCGCAUACAAUACAAAAAGAGCCUGUUCCAGGUUCUCGAAACUAUCAGACCAUUUUCUGCUACUUUCAGAAACGCCAACAUGGACGUCAGGGUACUAGGCUACGAUUUCUUCAAUCCAAUCAAAGAUGACAGUGAAUGGAUCUUCUCAGAGCAGCUGAAUUAUUACUUCGAUGGUACACCGGAAGAGUGGCUGGAGAUGAAAAUCAAAGAGGUCAAAGAGAUAGCAGAUGCAAGGCAAAGGAAAGCUUGCAAAGGCAUAUUGCGGGCCAUGCGGGUGAACCUUGAGUUCUUCAAUAAAGAGAGUCGGCAUAAUGAAGCCACCGAGGCCACCUGA